UUGCUUGGACUGAAUGAUACAGUUUGAGUUUUUGAAGUGAUUAACAGUUUCCAUCUCUUAAAUGGACAUGCUGAAAAAUAAAAUGGUUUCCAGCUACAGAAAGCUAUAGAAACUCAGAGCUGCUGCCUCGGCCACCAGAAAUAAGCUGCACAGGAAGAGGAAGUGCUCGGCUACACUGUAUGUUAACUGUGUUUCAGUCUGAUGAUCAGACAGUCAGCAGCAAGACAACAUGGAGGUCAGAGCUCUCUGCAUCAGAAUGUUGUUAACUGUACUGGUGUUGCUGCUGUCUGCACAAGUCCAGCACAGCGACUGUCACAAAGCCGAUGCAUCUUUUCCUCGUAUCGUUCCGUCCAGACUGCAGUUCUUUGAAUACGAGUUUGUCUUUAUAAACUGUGAUGAACUGUCAUUUUUCAAUGAGACUGAAUGGAGAGUGAUGAGGAAGUUUGAUGACAGGAAAACUAUAUGUAAUGUCAAAUGGGAGAAAACAGGAUCCUGCAACAUUACAUCUACAUUCGCAGGAGACAGCGGAGAAUACUGGUGUCAAGCUAAAGGAAAAACAAGCAGCAUUGUAAACAUUGUAGUGACAGCUGGUCCUGUGAUCCUGGAGAGUCCUGCGUUACCUGUGUUGAAGGGAGAUGAUGUAACUCUGCGCUGCAGAAACAGAAACAAGACGACCUCAAACCUUAAAGCUGAUUUCUAUAAAGAUGGCGUCCUCAUCGGGAGCAGCUCUACAGGAAACGUGACCAUCCGCAAUGUUUCCCAGUCUGAUGAAGGACACUACAAGUGUCACAUCUCUGGAACUGGUGAAUCAGCAGAGAGCUGGCUGGCUGUCAGAGUUAGGCCUGUGAUCCUGGAGAGUCCUCGUCUUCCUGUGGUGGAGGGAAAUAAUAUCACUCUGCAUUGCAGAGGCAGGAACACCUUCAACGUCACAGUUCACUUCUAUAAAGAUGGCAUCCUCAUUAGGAACAGCACUGCAAGAAACAUGACCAUCCACAGUAUCUCCAAAUCACAUGAAGGACUCUACAAGUGUAACAUCUCUGGAACUGGUGAAUCAGCAGAGAGCUGGCUGGCUGUUACAGUCUCUCCAACACUUCAUGAAGAGGGUCAAUCUUCCCAGCAUCAUUCCUCUAAGCUCAUCAUCGUGUGGACUACAGCCACGUGUUCGAUGGCCCUGCUACUGCUGUUGGUGGGGUCAUGCGGAAAACAUAGAGAUAUGGAUGAAUCCGUAACUACAACUGCUUACUACACUUUGAGCACAGACUGUUUUUCAGCACCAAGAGUAUCCUCCUGCAACGCCCUUUCCAUCUGCCAGUACCACCGCACUUUUAAGUAGAAGAUAGCGUCUGUCUUAC